AUGCCAUAUGAAAAAGAUCCAAUAGAGGACAAAACUAAUGAGAAGACUACUAAACAUCGAUAUCAGGAUCUAAUUAAUAAUCUACAUAUAAUUAGUGGUUCUGCUUUGAGUAGCAGCAUCAUGGAUGAUAAAAAAUUAAUACAAGAUGUUUUGCAUUAUAUAGAUUCUUCAAUAACUAUCAUUAAUUCAGAUAUAGAUGCACCAAUACCAAAUAGUCACCUAUGUCAAAAGCAUAUGGAACAUUGCAAUAAUGAUUUACAAGAAUAUGUUGAAUUAGUCAACAAACUUCAACAGCAUACACAAUGCAGCACAUUACAUUGUUUAAAAAUGAAUAAGCAAACAAAAUUAAGAGAAGAAACUAUUAUACAAAAAAAUGGUCAUGGUCAACUAGAAUUAUUGACAACCAGAAACAACUCUUAUAUAAAUUCACAUAACCAUCUUCAGCUUCAGGAAUGGAGAGCAAAUAUGGAACUAAAGCCUAUAUUUACUAUCUAUGCUGCACUAAAAUAUGUAUCCAACAAACCUAAUGACCCAUCUGUCAAGUCUUUUCAAAAACUGCUUCUUCAUACAAUAUCUGAGUAUGACUUUUUAGCUCAAGAAACCUGCCAUCUUCUACUUGGAAUUUCUCUAUACCAUUGUAGUCAGAAUUUUGUAACUUUAAAUCUUAAUAAAGAUGCCCUAAGAUGUGUUUAUUACAGUAGUAAAAAUAAUGACUACAGUAAUAAUAACAGUGGUGAAAAUAAUAACUGUGAUAAUAAUAACAUUAGUAAAAAUAAUAACUGCAGUAAUAAUGACAGUAGUAAAAAUAAUGAUUCUUCAAAAUCUUUUACUCUUUCAACUAUAUCUAAAAUACAAAUAUAUAAGAAGAAAAUGGAAAUAUUGCUCAAAAGACAAUAUUGUAUGUAUCUGGCCAUGUCCUUCUCCAUUGUAGAAUGGGCUUUGCUAGAAAGAAUUUUGUCAAAUGAAAAACUUUAUGAUCACCAUUUACAAGAAAUUGAAGCUAAUCCUUCAAAUAUACAUGGAUCAGCAGUAGAUUUUUUUGAAAAAAAUGAUGCUAAUAAUAGUGAAUACCAACUUGAUGAAGAAAAUAAAGAAGAUAUGCAACUUGACUAG